GAAAAUUAGCUAUAAUCAUUAAAUAUGGCUGAUAAAUUAGCUAGAAUCUUUGGAACAGAAGAGGAUAAAGUUAAUUGUCCUUUCUACUUUAAGAUAGGAGCAUGCAGACAUGGUGAUACCUGUACUAGACUUCAUAACAAGCCAAUCCUUUCGCAGACAGUAAUGUUCUUCCACCUUUAUGAUAACCCUCCUUCAGCUGUAGCUUUUGCAGAUGGAAUGGAAGUACAAGAUAAUUCUCUAGAAGAAGCUGUGAAUCACUUUGAGGAAUUUUACGAAGACGUCUUCCUCCAGUUCAUCCAGUACGGAGAAGUCGAAGAGAUCCAUGUUUGUGAUAAUAUAGGCGACCAUAUUAUUGGAAACACUUAUGUAAAGUUCCAUUCCGAAACUGAAGCAAAGAUGUGCCUCGAAGACCUUAAUGGAAAGUACUACUCCGGUAGAAUUAUCUAUGGAGAAUAUUGCCCAGUUACCGAUUUUAGAGAAGCCAAGUGUAGACAGUACAAGGAAGGCAACUGUGAUAGAGGAGGCUACUGCAACUUCAUGCAUCUGAAGUACGUCUCAAAGCCUUUUAAAAAAGCUCUUUUCAAAUAUAUGUAUAAAGCUUAUCCUCAGUAUGCUGAACGUAGAAAGAAGGAGGAGGAAGAAGAAAGAGCACCUGAUGAUGGAUAUAAUAGAGGUAAAGAUAAUGAAUCUAGACCCGAAGCUUCAGGUCUCAGAGAGCCAAAGCAAGAAGCUGAACCUCCUCAGAGAGAACAGACUAGUGAGGAGAGAAGAGCAAUGAUUGCUUCCUGGAACCAAGAAGGAGGCAUGUCUUAAAUUUAGAUUGAGAUAAGACUGCUUGUUAUUAGGCUCAGCCAUUAGGUUGACCAUAUAGAUGAUUAUAGGCAUUUUCCCUUCCCGCUUAUAAGACUCCUAAUUAUUCGAACCAUUCAAC